GAAGGAAGAGGUAUUUCCACAGUCUCCAUUAGGCCAACUGCUUCCUCUUCUCUCCUCAGAGUUGUCUCUGAACUUGAGAUAUGAGAAGGUUCACCAUGGAUCUGCCUUAUUACCACGGCCCUCUGUCCAAGCGAGACUGUGAGACCUUGCUGCUCAAGGAAGGAGUGGACGGCAACUUUCUGUUAAGAGACAGUGAGUCUAUGCCUGGAGUGCUGUGCCUCUGUGUCUCGUUUAAAAAUUUGGUCUACACAUACCGAAUCUUCAAAGAGAAACAUGGGUAUUACAAUAUACAGACCGUGGAAGGCGCUCAAAGACAGAUCUUUCCAAACCUAGAGGAAUUGAUCUCCAAGUUUGAAAAACCAAAUCAAGGGCUGGUGGUUCACCUUUUAAGGCCAAUAAAGAGAACCUGUCCCUGCCUGAGAUGGAGAAGAUCGAAGAUAGAGCUAGAUGGUGUUUAUGAGAACAGUAACAGCGAUUAUGUGGAUGUCUUGCCUUGA